UUGUUCUUGUAUUGUUAAAAUGGCGACCGUUUGCCUUAGAAUAUUUUAAUUGUUUAGUCGUAACGUAACCGAUUUUUUGUUCUAGAUUUACUCUAUUAGGCUUUGGCUGUAUUAUGACCUAACAAAUACUAAAAUAAUACAAAGAUGUCGUUUCUUCCUUUUCCCGUCGCGUUUUCCUCAAACCCAAGCAUGACGUCACGAACCUCCUUGUCCGAGGCUCAGGCAACAAUUUCCGACCCUGGUAGAUCAGGGCUUACCGAGCAACGUAGCCCGGACAACGGAGUUCAUUUUCCCGCCGAAGCCCGUGGAAUUCCCGGGCGCCCGACUGACAUCGCUUCAGCGCUAUUUGGUCUCCCAUAUACCGCCCAGGUCGCACAUGGACGGUUGGUGCCUCCUGUUUACCCAGCCUUGCCACCAGGCAUUGACUCAGCAGCAUUACAAUCCACACUCAGUCGAAUGGACCCAAAGGAUUUCCCAUCUUGGGGAAACCCCCUUCACCCAGGCCCGUUUUACCCCUACGACCCAACUCUUAUGUACCAACACAGCGGAUAUGGACCAAUGGGUCUCAGCGACGGUGCUCGGCGUAAAAACGCAACCCGAGAAACAACAUCGACGUUAAAAGCGUGGCUUAAUGAACACAGAAAGAACCCUUACCCAACUAAAGGGGAAAAGAUCAUGUUAGCUAUUAUUUCGAAGAUGACGCUAACGCAGGUUUCGACCUGGUUCGCAAACGCGCGUCGUCGAUUGAAGAAAGAAAACAGAAUGACUUGGUCUCCUCGGAACAGAUGUGGGGAAGAAGAGAAUGAAAGAGAAAGCGAUGAGGAAGAAAGAGGAGAAAUGAGAGAAGAAGGGAAUUCCCCGAACGAGAUGAGACGAACCGAGCCACGUGACAGCGACAACAGUAACCCGGGUACGAAUCUUAGCGGAAGCAACUCUGAUCUUGCUUAUCAACGUCACCAGAGGGCGCACCAACAACAAAUGUUCCUACGUCAUCUUGCCUCUCUACCGCCGCACCUGCGACCAGUCGACCCCUUCCGACAUUUCCAGCUUCACAACCAAAGACUCGCAACUCAGGGGAUGCACCUACUACCGGGAAAUUCCCGCUCCAACGACCACGUCGGUGCGCUGAAGCAUGACCAACAACGAAGGAGCAGUUUAAGCUCUCCCUCGGCAUCCGCAUCGAGCUACGACCGAUCGCCGUCACCUGUUAAUCAACCACGUAACUUCCGCCCGCCACCCCCCCUGAACCAGAUUACGUCACCAUCCAAAUCGCCGUCGCAUCGAUUCCGCUUCUCUCCCGAACCAACAGAACGCGGCUCUGAUGAGGAGAACAAGAAAACCGAAGCCCGCGACUCCAAAAAGGAGAAGAUUUGGUCGCCAGUCUCGCUUACCGAGACCACUGAUAAACCACGGAGUAUCACAUCCCGGGAUUCCCCACCUACCCCACGUCACACAAUAGAAAGCCCUGUAGGAAAAUCCCCUUCUAACCCACUGGCUGUUGCCCAAGCUUGGAUGGAGGAAUACCAGCGCCACCUAGCAACGAGGAACCCCCAACUUCUAGCUUCGACGUUGGCGUCCAUUGCCGCAAAAAGGGGAUCCUCUGGGGGAUUUCCCUUUUUGCCCUUCCAGUCGGGUCCCCAGUCGGCCGUUUCUGUGACGUCACGAAUGGAAUCCAUGGAGACGUCACGUGACGAUGACUCUCUGACGUCAGACACGGAAGCAGGGCCUAACUUGCAGAUUCGAUUAUGACGUAAGAAUCUGUUCUUUAUGGAAGAAGUUGUGACACCAACACCAGACACUCUGUGACGUAACACUUGUGUAAAGAUGCAUGUGGAAACAAUGUAAACGGCGCGAAAAUCGCGAUUGUUUAUUUGACUGAACAGUUGUUUAUCGUGUGUAGUUCCGCAUGAGGGACUUCCCCACACGAACCUAUAAUUAAAAUCCGGAUUACUCGAUGUUAUUGUUAUUCGUUUGUGUCGAAGACAAUGAAAUUCAAUAUCCGGUCGGACACGUGACUUUUAUGGCGUCUGAACUAAAAUCUUUUAAACUUUAAUAAUUAUUUCAAUAUAACCGAACAAUACCAGAUAACUGUUAGCAAAAUUGUUUUUGCCGGAAUGUUUUGCGGAUUACGACAACUGCCAUUUUCCUUUGUUGCAUACAAAGAGUUCAAUCGUUUGUUUUAUUUAAAUGUAAACAGAAUAAUAAGCAUCUGCAAAUUGGUGCUUUGCCACGUCACAAUAUCCAUUAUGUAUUCCAGAACCUACUAAGUUCAUUUUUAUUUUACCGGAUAUGACGUUUCAGUAGCCCUAUAUGUGUAUCGUGACGUCAUUAAUUGGAUUUCGUUUUUAUUUGGUUGAUACAGGUCUGUUCCAUUACGUCGAUGACGUCAUGUUAUAUGUUGAUGACGUCAUGCUAGUAUUUCCCACUAUUAAGUUCUGUGCUAUGAUUUCUCGUGUGUAGCUUUGCCACUGUUUUAAUGACGUAACGUACCCAUGAUGUGACAGAUGACGUCAUUGGGUCGUGACGUGUGCGCUAGUAACGUAGAUGUGCAAUUUACUCCUCAUGUUAUAACUGGAGUCGUGGAAGCCGGGAAAUAAAAUGUCGAUGAUGAUAA